GGAAUGAGGAGGAUGGCGAACUGCAUCUUGUAUUGCCAGAUGAAGUCAAGAAUGAAGACUUGAGCGGAAACUUCAGAAACCAAGCUGGACCUAAGAGGCAGGAAAGAAGCCACAUCAUCCAGAAGAGGGGUAAACCCAUUCCUUGCCAAGGGGGGGAUUUCCAAGAAGGAAUUCACACCGUGAAGGAAACAUACAAGUGCUUGGUGGAUGGAAUGAGCUUCUCAAAUCAAUCCCAGUAUAAUAUCCAUGUACAAAUGCACAGUGGAAAGAAGACCCAUCGAUGGCUGGAGUGUGGAAAGACCAUGAUUCGCAGAGCUGACCUCCUUAGACAUCAAAGAACACAUUUAGGAGAGAAACCUUAUUGCUGCUUAGACUGUGGCAAGAGAUUCUCAGAGAAAUCAGACUUUGUUCAACACCAAAUGAUUCAUACAGGAGGGAAGCUAUCUAUUUGCUCAGGGAGUGGAAUGAAGUUCUCUGUGGGAGGAAAAGGUAAUAUAUGUUUUCCAAAGGACAGUGUAAUGAAUGCAUGUAAAUGCUUUUGGUGUGGAAACUACUUCAAAUACAGAUCACAGCUCCUUGUGCACCAAAGAAUCCACAGAGGAGAGAAGCCUUUUAAAUGCUCAGAAUGUGAGAAGAGAUUCAGUCGAAGGGGUAGUCUACAUCAGCAUCAAAGAACCCACACAGGGGAGAAACCUUUUGAAUGCUCAGAGUGUGGGAAGAAAUUCAGGCAGAGUAGCACUCUUCAAACCCAUCUAAGAACCCACACAGGGGAGAAGCCUUUUGAAUGCUCAGAGUGUGGGAAGAGAUUCAGUCACAGUAGCUCUUUUCAAACUCAUCUAAGAACGCACACAGGGGAGAAGCCUUUUGAAUGCUCAGAGUGUGGGAAGAGAUUCAGUUACAGAACCUCUCUUCAAAGUCAUCUAAGAACCCACACAGGGGAGAAGCCUUUUGAAUGCUCAGAGUGUGGGAAGAGAUUCAGUCACAGUAGCUCUCUUCAAAUACAUCUAAGUACCCACACAGGGAAUAAGCCUUUUGAAUGCUUAGAGUGCGGGAAGAGAUUCAGUCAGAUUGGCACUCUUCAAUCCCACCUGAGAACCCACACAGGGGAGAAGCCUUUUGAAUGCUUAGAGUGCGGGAAGAGAUUCAGUCAGAUUGGCACUCUUCAAUCCCACCUGAGAACCCACACAGGGGAGAAGCCUUUUGAAUGCUUAGAGUGCGGGAAGAGAUUCAGUCAGAUUGGCACUCUUCAAUCCCACCUGAGAACCCACACAGGGGAGAAGCCUUUUGAAUGCUUAGAGUGCGGGAAGAGAUUCAGUCAGAUUGGCACUCUUCAAUCCCACCUGAGAACCCACACAGGGGAGAAGCCUUUUGAAUGCUUAGAGUGCGGGAAGAGAUUCAGUCAGAUUGGCACUCUUCAAUCCCACCUGAGAACCCACACAGGGGAGAAGCCUUUUGAAUGCUUAGAGUGCGGGAAGAGAUUCAGUCAGAUUGGCACUCUUCAAUCCCACCUGAGAACCCACACAGGGGAGAAGCCUUUUGAAUGCUUAGAGUGUGGGAAGAGAUUCAGUCGUAGAAACUUUCUUCAAACCCAUCUAAGAACCCACACAGGGGAGAAGCCUUUCGAAUGCUCAGAGUGUGGGAAGAGAUUCAGUCACAGUAGCUCUUUUCAAACUCAUCUAAGAACCCAUACAGGGGAGAAGCCUUUUGAAUGCUCAGAGUGUGGGAAGAGAUUCAGUACCAGUGGCCACCUUCAAACCCAUUUAAGAACCCACACAGGAGAGAAGCCUUUUGAAUGCUCAGAAUGUGGGAAGAGAUUCAGUCAAAGUAGCUCUCUUCAAAAACAUCUAAGAACCCACACAGGGGAGAAGCCUUUCGAAUGCUCAGAGUGUGGGAAGAAAUUCAGUCGCAAUGGCAACCUUCAAACCCAUCUAAGAACCCACACAGGGGAGAAGCCUUUUGAAUGUUGAGGAUGUGGGAAGAGAUUCAGUCGCAGUGGCACUCUUCAAAAUCGUCUAAGAACCUGUAGGGAGAUUUGAGGGGUCCAGGCCACUACCAAGGAUCCCCAGCCUUGUUAGGGUUCUUUCCCAUGGGUGGAUGGAGUCUGGCUAGGGAACUCAGGCAUCCAUAGGGAGGGAAAUACAGCGAGA